AUGCUCGUAAAGGAAUGCAUCCUGUCUGCCCCAGGGAAAACAAUACUCCAUGGAGAGCAUGCUGUUGUGCAUGGAAAGGUGGCCCUUGCUGUCAGUUUAAAUCUCAGAACAUAUUUGAGAUUAAAAGCUACCACAGAUGGUAAAGUUCACAUAAACCUCCCUAAUAUCGACACCUUUCUGUGCUGGGAUCUGACAGAACUGAAGUUACUGGUUCCUGAUUAUGGUGGAAAAAAAGAGGAAGGCAACCUCCUGAAUUCUGAACUUGUGGAGUGUUUGCGAGAAUUUGUUGGUGUAAAAAAUGGAAACAUGGACACAUCCAAUAUGGCCACUCUAGCAUUUCUUUAUGUGUACAUCUCUAUGUUUGGUACAAGUGAACUACCUGGCUUGAAUGUGACUGUCUGGUCUGAACUUCCCACUGGAGCUGGACUGGGAUCUAGUGCCGCCUUCUCUGUUUGUUUGGCUGCUGCUCUCCUUUGCGCAAGUGGAGGCAUUACUGCUCCCCUCAAAGAAUGGGAAAACACCUCCAGAUGGUGUCAGGAGGAACUAGAGUUAAUCAAUAGUUGGGCAUUUCAAGGAGAGAAGAUCAUUCAUGGUAAUCCUUCAGGAGUAGACAAUGCAGUUGGAACGUGGGGUGGAAUGUUGAGGUUUCUCUCAGGGAAAAUUAUACCACUAAGCAGAGUACCACUCUUGAGAAUUCUACUGACAAACACCAAAGUACCUCGUAGCACUAAAGUACUUGUAGCUAGCGUGAAAGAAAAAAUGAAUAAGUUUCCCUCAAUUAUGUGCCCUGUGCUCGACUCUGUGGAUGCCAUUUCCUGCACAUGUGAAAAAGUACUUUCAGAAAUGACCCAUGAGCCAAUUACAGCAGAGCACUACAAAACUUUGGAGGAGCUCAUUGACAUUAAUCAACACCACCUUAAUGUUAUGGGAGUAGGACAUCCUGCUUUGGACACGUUGUGUCGCGUCACACUCGCCAGAGGUCUCCACAGCAAACUCACUGGAGCAGGAGGCGGAGGCUGUGGCAUCACACUUCUCAGACCGGAAACCAGUGCUUCUGUAGUCCAAGACACGUUUGGUGUCUCCCGCAUGACCUCUGACUGUUGCCCCUUCCUCAGAUGGGCAGCCCCUAAGCCAGGGUCCUGUGGAGCUUUAGCCUCACCUCCCGUCCUGUCAGGUGUCACCGCCCCGUAUGUUUGUGGUUGUGACAGACAGCCCAGGUGCCAGGCUCAGGCUUCAGUGCAUCUUCAGGCACCUCUGCUCCGGUCCCCAGUGGAGCUCACAGCCGGAGACAGCAGCACACCGCUCAUGUGGGCAGGAGCUCCUGCUGGUCAGGUGAUGGUGGUGCCAGCUGCUCGCCCUCGCUGCCUGAAUGAAGCUCUCCAGGAAGCUGAACGGGCGGAGAUAGUGCUCUCCACACGGCCAAACCUGGGAAGGGCCACAAAUAUGCUGCAGCGAGUUCGCCAAGUGGAUUAUGAAGAAGUCGGAGUUGAAGAAGUUUAUCAGUCGACCCUCACUCUUGGGCCUCUCACAGUUGAUCUCCAGCCUGAAAAGCGGACAAGAAAGAGGCGGAGAACCCGGAAAGUCAGUCCAAGGGGGGUGGUUCCAGCGGUGGCGGUCCAGAUCCAGGCGGUCCCAGCGGUCCCAGCGGUGACGGUCCAGGCAGUCCAGGUCCAGGCGGUCCCAGCAGCGGUGGUCGAGGUCCAGGCGGUCGAGGUCCAGGCGGUCGAGGUCCAGGCGGUCGAGGUCCAGGCAGUCCCAGAAGCGGCGGUCCCAGCGGCGGUGGUCCCAGAUGUGGCGGUCCCAGCAGUGGCGGUUCCAGCGGUGGUCCCAGCAGCGGUCCAGGCGGCAGAUCACCGCUCCCCAACACCGGCUGGCGCUUGCACAGCCAGUCCCCGUGCCAUACCACCCCCAUCCACGGAGACUGUGAAUGCUGUCAAAGAGAUGUGGCAGCGCAGUAGUGCGGGCCUAGAUCAGUGUCAAAAAGAGCAGUUGAGACAUCUCUUGGACAGGUAUGUGGACAUCUUUGCCGCUCGAGAUGAGGACUGUACACAAACUGGGCUUGUCCAGCACUCUAUUGACACUGGUUCGGCCCCCCCAAUACGCCUUAGGCCCCAUCGGCUCGCCCUUUCAAAGAGACAGUUAGCAGAGGACAUGAUCCACAAAAUGCUUGCGGCUGGAAUAAUAGAACCAUCCAGUAGUCCCUGGGCAGCUCCGGUAGUUCUUGUGCGCAAGAGAUUGGGUGGGUGGCGGUUCUGUGUGGAUUACCGUCGUCUCAACGCGGUCACAAAGAAGGACUCUUAUCCACUACCCCGCAUCGACGAUGCUCUGGAUUACAUUAGUGGAUCAAGUUGGUUCAGCUCCCUCGACAUGCGAAGUGGAUAUUGGCAGGUGGAGCUCAGCCCCCAGGCCAGGGCAAAGACUGCAUUCACAUUCGGGCAAGGACUCUGGCAGUUUCGUGUAAUGCCAUUUGGCCUGUGCAAUGCGCCGGCCACAUUCGAGCGUCUCAUGGAGCGGGUGCUCGCCGACAUUCCUCGCAGCCAUUGUGUGGUGUACCUGGAUGACCUGCUGGUCCAUGCGAGUGAUUUCAGCAAAGCUUUGGGCCACCUGAGCGGCGUCUUCAGUGCUAUUUGUCACGCUGGUCUGCGACUGAACCCUGCCAAGAACUUUGCCUCUGUCGCAGGGCCCCUACACCGCCUGACGGACAAAGGAAAGCCUUUCGUUUGGACUAACAGCUGUGACACUGCUUUCAACCAGCUAAAAGCAGCCCUUACAGCCGCGCCCAUCCUUGCGUACCCGCACGUAGAUCUCCCCUAUGUGGUGGACACAGACGCUAGUGGCACCGGAAUUGGGGCUGUCCUUUCACAGCAGGGAGGCGAAGGAGAGCGAGUAGUGGGGUACUACAGUCGCGCUCUCAGUCGUGAGGAGAGGAACUACUCAGAGUGUCGUUACUGCGAGCGCCAGGAAGAGCGGGAUCGGGACAAGCCUAGGGUUUCCACUGCCACAAUUAACCCCCCUGAUGACCUGUCUUCAGAACAGCUGCAGCAACUGCAAGAGUCCGAUACCACCCUGGCCCUGAUCAGGAAGUGGCUGGAACUGCCCAGACGUCCUGAAUGGCCGGCAGUCUCCCCCCAUGGCACUGAUAUUAAGGCCUAUUACUCUCAGUGGGGAAACAUUGAGCUUCGUAACGGCUUGCUGUUCCGGAGGUGGCGGGCUCCAGGGCAGGGCAAAGACAUCUUACAGUUAUUAGUGCCCCGUUCACUUCAACCUCAGGUCCUUCAGAGUGUGCACGGCUCAAUCGGCUCAGGCCACUUUGGCAUCUCCAAGACCCUCCAUCGGCUUAGGGGACGUUUCUACUGGCCCGGCUGCCGACAGGACGUGGAAAUACAUGUGCAUUGCUGUGAUUUGUGCACUGCUCGGAAAGGUCCCACCCAGCGCUCACAUGCCCCCCUUCAGCAAUACCUGGUCGGGGCUCCCAUGGAACGAGUAGGUGUGGAUAUUCUUGGGCCCUUUCCUGUGACCGAUACUGGAAACCGCUACGUCCUAGUAGCCAUGGACUAUUUUACGAAGUGGCCGGAAGCCUAUGCUGUACCAGAUCAAAGUGCCGCCACAACAGCUGGAAGACUGGUUGAUGAGAUGUUCACCCGUUUUGGAGUGCCCUCUGAGCUUCACAGUGACCAGGGGCGAAACUUUGAAUCCCAGGAGUCCAGUCAGUGCACCCCAGCUGCUCUCAUGUUCGGUCGAGAGCUCCGCACACCCGUGGAUCUGGUGUUCGGGAGCCCUCCGGAGCCAGAGAUUGCAGGAGGGCACGAGAUGGACUAUUUCCAAAGACUCAGAGAGCACCUGCGGGUGGUGCAUGACUAUACUCGCCAAGUUCAAGCCAGUUCCGGGGUACGUCAGAAGAGGGCCUAUGACAGUCACUGCCGCGGUCAGCCCUUCCAACCUGGGGACAAAGUGUGGGUUUAUUGCCCCGAUCGAAAGAAAGGUAUCUCUCCUAAGCUGUGCAGUCAUUGGAGGGGGCCAUCCGAAGUUGUGGCACGCCUGUCCGACGUGGUAUACCGUGUACGCAUGCCAAACAAGGGCCGUUUAGUGGUAUUGCACAGAGACCGGCUAGCUCCGUACCGCCCCUAUGCUCCUGAGACUGUUGGUGAAGUAGACGGAUUACUUGUCCAAGCCCCCCAUGUCAUCUGUCUCCCAGACGCCCAAUUCGCCAACGUCGUCAACCUGGUCACUUGA